AUGAGUGACAAAUUGACUCGUAUUGCCAUUAUCAAUGCCGACAAGUGCAAACCCAAGAAGUGUAGACAGGAAUGUAAAAAGUCUUGCCCUGUACUCGGUCUUGUCGGUACCAACGGUAUCGGAAAGUCCACUGCCCUGAAGAUUCUCUCCGGAAAGAUGAAGCCUAACCUCGGUCGCUACGACAAUCCCCCCGACUGGCAAGAUAUCCUUAAGUACUUCCGUGGAUCAGAAUUGCAGAACUACUUUACCAAGAUUCUUGAAGAUAACUUGAAGGCUAUUAUUAAGCCCCAGUACGUCGAUCAUAUCCCCAAGGUUGUCAGUGGCAAGGUUGGCGCUUUGCUCGAUGACAAACUUGAACGCAACAACCUCGACGAUAUCAUCGAUGCUUUAGAUCUCCAGGAAGUUUUGACCCGUGAAGUUGGUCAAUUGUCUGGUGGUGAAUUGCAGCGUUUUGCUAUUGGUGUUGUUUGUGUCCAGCAAGCCCAUGUUUAUAUGUUCGAUGAGCCUUCUUCAUACUUGGAUGUCAAGCAGCGUUUGAAUGCUGCCCGAGUUAUCCGUGGCUUGAUUUCCCCCGAAACCUAUGUUAUCGUUGUUGAGCACGAUUUGUCCGUAUUGGAUUACUUGUCUGAUUACGUCUGUAUUCUUUACGGUGUACCCUCUGUCUAUGGUGUUGUUACUCUCCCUGCAUCAGUUCGUGAUGGUAUCAACAUUUUCUUGGAUGGUAACAUUCGUACCGAGAACUUGCGUUUCCGUGAGGAAUCCUUGACUUUCAAGAUUGCUGAGGUUGCAGAUGAUACCACAGUCGACAAGCAGAGAGACUACAAGUACCCUGCUCUUUCCAAGACUCUUGGAGACUUCAAGCUCGAUGUUCGCCCUGGUGAAUUCACAGACUCUGAGAUUGUUGUCAUGUUGGGUCAGAACGGUACCGGUAAGACUACCUUCAUCCAGAUGCUUGCCGGCCGUCUUGCUCCUGAUAAUGGCAAGAAGGUCCCCGAGCUCAACGUGUCCUUCAAGCCCCAGAAGAUCAGUCCUAAGUUCAAGGGAACUGUCCGCAUGCUCUUCAUCAAGAAGAUCAAGGCUGCCUUCCUCAACCCACAGUUCCAGACCGACGUCGUGAAGCCCAUGAGCAUCGAGGGUAUCAUUGAUCAGGAAGUCACCCAUUUGUCUGGUGGUGAAUUGCAGCGUGUGGCCAUUGUGCUUGCACUCGGACAGCCCGCCGAUAUUUACCUUAUCGAUGAGCCUUCUGCCUAUCUCGAUUCAGAGCAGCGUAUUAUUGCCGCCAAGGUCAUCAAGCGUUUCAUUGUUCACUUUAAGCGCACAGCCUUCAUUGUCGAGCACGAUUUCAUCAUGGCUACUUACCUUGCUGACCGUGUCAUUGUCUAUGACGGUACUCCCUCUGUCCACGCCGUCGCAAACUCCCCCCAGUCUCUCUUGUCGGGUAUGAACAAGUUCUUGGCAUCACUCCAAAUCACCUUCCGUCGUGACCCUACCAACUUCCGUCCCAGAAUCAACAAGCUUGAUUCUCAAUUAGAUCAGGAACAGAAAUUGAGCGGAAACUUCUUCUUCUUGGAGCAGUAA